CCUCGCUGCAACCCGGUCCCCGUCAUUGUCCCCAGGUUCUCCCGACACUGUGAAUGGAUGCCGGCCCUGCAUCUAUUCACUCAGGUGGAGGCUGACACAUACAUGACUUAUCUGUGACAAGAUGUUUAACCAGCAACAGCAGCAGUUCCAUCAGCUGAUUCAGCUUCAGCAUCUCCUGCAGCAACAGCAGCAACCUUCACGCCAUCCACAGACUGCACAGCACCAAAUACCGGCCCAGCAUGCAGCACCCAGGCAUAUACCAAAUCCAGGCCAGCACCAGCAGUCGCAGCAGAUGAUGAACCUGCAAGCAGCCAACCCGGCCAGGCUCCUUAAUACUCACACCAUGUUACAGCGUGCUUUGCUGAUGCAGCAGAUGCAGGGUAAUCUCCGUGGUCUCAGCAUGGUGGCUCCGCCAAUGCCUCAGUUCUUUUCUGCAGCAACAAGGCAUUCCAUCCUGGGUAUACCUCCCAUGGGAGUGACUGUGAAGGCUCAGAAUAUGUCUUUUCCUCCACGUUCCUUUCAACAGCCACGUGUGUAUCACAAGGAUCACUACAAGAGCUAUGACAUUAAGAGGGAUCGGGAGCAGAGCUCCUCCUUCCUAGGCAAGGACACCAGUGAUACAAACUCUGUGAGAGGAAACGCAGAGCUUCCACCUAUAGCGUCCGAGGCAGAUGAGACCUUACAAGAUAAUGAAAAUCUAACUGAAUGCAGCAUUACUGACCCCCUUGAGCCAUCAUCCAAGAGAGCAAGGAGCUCUGAGACCCUGACAGAUGAAGCAGCAGAAGGGACAACAGAAGAGGCAGAUGUCUCUGAAGAGCGCAGCGUGGAGUCGCAGUCUCCCGAGGGGAUAGGUGGCGGGCGUGCACUGAAAGUGACCAUCCAGCGUAGGAGUGAGAGUCGCACCACUGCUCUGCAGCCUGCCUGCGCAGAGAAAAGCGGUACGGCUGGAAGCUCCACGCACAGCGGCACCAGGUUCUGCUGUUAUAUCUGUAAAACCAGCUACCAGAAUCUUCAGAAUUUCCAGUCUCACCUGGUGAACGCUCAGCACCAGCAGAACAUCCAGGAGAUCCAACAUCUCAGUAAUGCCUGUCUGGUUACCCUUAUGCCCACUGCAAAAGACAGCCAGGGUGGCAUGGCGUGCAGAGAUGGUAAAAAGAAGCAGAUGAGAUGGUGCAAUGUCUGUCAGGCUCAUUUCAGCUGUGAUCUUAUAAAGCAUCGCCGGACUCCGGAACAUAAGAUGGCAAAACGCUCCCUAAGACCAUUCUGUACAGUGUGCAGCCGCCACUUUAAGACCCCUCGGAAGUUUGUGGAGCACAUGAAGUCUCCGGAGCACAAGCAGAAGUCGCAAGAGGUCCGGCUUCGUGAGAAGGAACCGUGGAACCCUGAGGAGUCUGAGGAACUGAUCACAGUAGAUGCCGUUGGCUGUUUUGAGGACGAGGACGACGAAGAUGAUGAAGAGGAAGAAGAGGGUAUCAGCGCAGAUGACAUUUCCGAGGACACCGAAUGUCUUCCGGUUCAAAAAGAGGACAGUUUUGCGGAUCAUGAACAAGGGGAAGAGUAUAAAUCAGACACCGCCUACGGCCUGGAUUAUAUGGUCCCCGUCGCGGGUUAUCUCUGCAGGCUGUGUCACAAAUUCUAUCCUAGUGACUCUGCUGCCCGGCUCACGCACUGCAAGUCCCUGGUGCAUUUUCAGAACGUCCAGAGAUGCAAAGCGGUGAAGAACCGUGGGCAGUUGCAGGCUGACCAUUCUUCCAAGGAACCACAGGAGGAUGAAAAAGAAAACCAGAAGCACGCCGGGAGUGUUGGUUUGGAAAGUGAUGGCACUAAACCAACAAAGCCGGAAAAAGUACAGUGUGAGAAAGGAAGUAUUCCAGUAGCCGAAGAGCUUGGUUGCAGCUCUGGUACUAAUGAAGGUUCCAUUACGGUCUUUGACACUGUGAGUACAAGUGAGGAAGACGCGGGUUACCUGCUGGAGCCUGAAGUGCUGCUUGCUGAAAUGGAAGGGAAUUUGGAGCAAAACCAAGUGACAGCCCAAGAAGAAACGUCUUGUGACGAAACCUCAUCAAGCUGCAGGCGUUCCUCUCGCCACAAAGUCAGAUAGAUAGAGAAACUUUAAAUGUGUAGUGUUUACCAAUGAUUUUUGAAGGUGAGAUAGUGCAUUUCCUGUUGAUUAGAAUUGGGGCAUUCCACUCAGUGAGAGAUACAGCAGUCCAGUAGUUAAAGGAUGGCGAAACCCAAACAUUACUUUUUUUUAUCUGUGAUGGUAGAAUACAGUUUUACUUUGUUUAUGAAAUUUUCUUUUUUAAUAAGCCUGUAGUUAAAAGUUUAGUUUUGUUCUACAGUAUGAGAAAUAAUAAAAAAACACCCCAUAUUUCUUAGACCUUGACCAAAAUGGUUUUGAUAUAGAGCAAAGAGCUCAAAUGGCAAAGCAUAGCAAGCUAGUUAGUUUCUUCAGAAUUCCUACUGUUCCACUCCAUCAAUAUGCACAGAGUUAUUACCUGCAUUGUAAGUGUGUUUCAAACUCCAGCUUUUGCAUUGCAUCAUAGUGAUAAUGACAGGAAAGUUCCCCUUUCCUAAGUAGAUAUUUCAAAGAUGGCUGCUUUCAACAACUGACUGGAAUAGUACAGACCUGAUUCUGUCCAGCUAUAUUCUUUAUCUCUGUGAUAAACCGUUUUGUUUUUUUAAAUUCAUGUUAACUUUUUACUUUCUUUGCAGUCAAUAAACAUACACCCUCUGGUA